AUCUAAAGUACUGGUGUGUGUUGCAGUGUUGUUUUGAAGUAUUAGUUUGUUGUCAUGGUGGUGGUGAGUGUUGUGUUGAUAAUCGGUAAAGGCUAUGAUAUGAAAGGACAGUUCUAACUAAAGAGCCGCUUCCCUUGAUAAGACGCAUGCCACCAUGAUAAGAAUGAAAGUAAAGGAUGUGGUGACCUUGGGAUGUGGUCAUGCCUCCAGUUAGUGCAGAAGGUAGUAAAGGUAGUGGGUGAGGGAAGAAGAUGCCGGCCCUGGUGGUGUUCAACCGGCGCUGGAGGAUUGGCAGUGAUGACCUGGUCAUUCCUGGCAUCAUAGAGGUCAUCCUGCGGGCUGUUUGGCUGGGGCUGACCACAGCUAUCAUGGUACAGCACGAGUCAGACACAUCCAGGUGCUCUGACGGAAGUCACCUGCUGCGCCUCUUUCUCCUGGUCAGCCUGGUGCUUUUGGGUGUAACACUGGUCAUCACAAUGAUGCUGGUGGUGCACAGCUCUCGAGGCACCAUUGUCAAUGCCCUCCCCAGGAAACAUGUCCCUGCCCUCAUUGUAACCAGAGUUGUGUUUGGAAUCCCUGAGGUGAUGUGGAACAUAAUAGGAUCAGUAUGGAUCCUGAUGGGGGAGAUUAAGUGUGAACCAGACACUGCUUUGCCAAUGCUUAUGAAAGCUUUGGUCACGUACACAUGGGUAGCCAUCGCCCUCAUCCUGCUGGGCAUCCUGCUGCUCUUUGACCCCAUGAAACGGCCAUCCAGGCAAGGGCUAGUCGAGGGUGGAACUCUUGGGAGUCAUUAUAUUCAGCUGUGGGAGAAAAGAUGUCGCUUGCUGUGCUGUGUGCGAUCACAUGAUGAUAGUAUCUCUGAGGCCUUCAAGAAUGUAGCAGAUGUGUUUGCUUCACUGUUUGAGGACCUUGACUUGGUGGCAUCAGACUUGGCAGCUGCAUUGGUGCUACUUCGUCUCAAGAGGAAGUAUGAAGAGCAGCGAGAGGAGUCUUUCAGGAAAAUAGAUCGUCACCUCCCUAUCAGCAGGUCUUCCACAGCUAGUAUUGGCACUCUGCAGGAUGAGGGGAGACUCCCCUACCAGCAGUCCCCACGACCUGAAUGGAUGAAGGUUGGCAGUGCAGAACAUUUCAUGAAGUUUGCCAUGGCCUCCUAUGGCUGGCCAUGGUUUAUCUACCAUAAUUUCUGCCAGGGGUGCUGUUCUCUCAAAACACACUUGCUGUGCUGUUCUUGUUUUAGGUCCACUCCACGGUAUGUGAUGCAAGACAACUGUUGUCUGUGUCACACUGCAGCACUCAAGGCCAUCACAGGGCUCUCUGAAGAGAAUAUUACUUAUAUAACUUUCCACAAUAAAAUCUAUGAGGUUCCCUUCUUUAUUGCCAUUGAUGAUGAGACCCAAAAUGUGGUGCUGGCCAUCCGAGGCACUUUGUCCCUGCAUGAUGCCAUCACGGAUCUCAAUGCCCAGUGCACUGUGGUUGAGGGUGAGGGCUUGCCUGCAGGAUGUAUGGCCCACAAAGGUAUGGUGAUAGCUGCUCGGAGUGUCCUUACUAGGCUGGAUGAUUCCAGAGCCCUGAAUGAAGCUUGUUCAUCCCGUCCUGGGUAUGGCUUGGUGAUCACUGGCCACAGUUUGGGAGCAGGAACAGCUGUGGUGGUGGCUGCUCUCCUGAAGCCACGGUAUCCAGGCCUCAAGUGCUUUGCCUUCUCACCACCUGGGGGACUCUGCUCUAAGGAAUUUGCUCAGGCAACUCAGAGUUUUGUGAUGUCAGUGGUGGUUGGGGAUGACCUAGUUCCUCGACUCUCUUUGAACUCCCUCCAUGACCUGCGCCAUAAGAUUAAAUGUGUUUUGGAUACCUGUCCUCAGCCCAAGUACCGUGUGUUGGCACAGGGCUGCUGGUACAUGUUGUUUGGUAUAUCAACAUCUUCCCUGCACUCUGCCAACUCUGUUGACAGCCCCACACAGGACCGGCCACUGCUGGAAGGAAGUGGCAGUACCUACACUUACCCAUCAACUCCCUCUGUGCAGGAGAGUGUGGAUGACGUGCAGGUGAUGUUUUCCGAGCCAGAUUCUCAGCGGCCCCAUAUCCCCCGACACACUGAAACACCACUCUUCCUUCCUGGCAGGGUCCUUUACUGCUUCCCUAGUCUACCAGAAGAAGACAGGCUGGAGGGCAGUGUGGGAGAAUGGGAGUUUACUUGGAGUGAAACAAAGGAGUUCUCACAGAUCCUCAUCUCCCCUUUCAUGAUGCGCCACCACUUGCCCCCCGUGGUGAUGGCUGCUCUCAGGGAUGCAGCAGAUCAGGCUGCUGACCCUACCUAGUAAGAGACUGUGUUGGAAGAGAUGUCUGCCCAUAGAUAAAUGAGGUCAUGUUUUCCAUUGUAUUGAGGUAGAAUAAGUCUAGUGGGAAACUAAGUAGUGAGAAAGUAUUAUGGUGACUAGAAGUAGUAUUUUGUACUCAUUUUGGCUCCUGGCAUAAUAAACCAUUUUUACUAUUCCUCUAGUAUCAGACUGUUACCAAGGUGGUGGUGGUGAGGGAGGUAAUGGGAAGGUUAAGAUAGAUGCUCUCAGGGAGUCAGUUUUGACAGGAGAGAGAUUUGAUGUAUGGGUAGAGUAUUGCUUAUCCUUUAUUUCCUUUUAUAGUAUUUAGUUACUAGUAUGUAUUGUAUUAUAUCUUACUUGAAUAUGAGGGAGAUAGUAAAUAUUAGAUGGAGAUUUGAGCCUGGUGAAUACUGAUAGUAAAGAUGUAUGAAAUGUGAGUCAGCUGCCAUUUGUGGAUGAUAUGCACUGGUGGCUGAUUCAGAGAAGAGGUUGAGACAAGUGGUGAAAGAGUUUGGAAGAGUAUAUAAAAGAAUGAAUAGAAGAGUAAAUGAGAGUAAGAGGAAAAUGAUGGUGUACAUACAAGAAUAAUAGAUGAUUGUAUUUUUCACUGUUAAUUUGCAUGAGGAGUACUUCAAAAUACAUGUUGCUGUGAAUGAAAUUAUAAAUAUAGGGAAGAGAUUUAGAAUGGAUAAAGUAGGGAAAGUGUGGGGAAGAUUGAAAAGCAUUUAUAGGAAGACUUCUUGGUGUAAAUAUAAAGAAAAGGUUGUGUGAAGGAGUUGUGGCAUGAAUAAGCUAAGGGUGGGUUCUACAAUGGAUGGGGAAUUUACCUGAUGUGAAAGCAGACCUAAGUUAAGCUAAGCACCUAACAGUACACAGGCCUGAGAUAUAGGUACUUAUUUGGAAUCUUGGGUGAUAUGUCCACUUGGGGUAGUAAUAGGCUGAGAAGGAGCAGAGUGACUGCUCGGUGUAGUAGCUGGCAUAUAACUCCAGUCAUUCCUUGGGUGGAAUUGCUUUGAGUGGGAGUAGGAGUGUAACUGAUAGCGCCACAUGUGAAGCGGGCUGACAAUGGUUUUGUUUCAGGAGUGUGGAUCUGUUCCAUCUGGAUUCUCAUUGGUUCAUCUACUCAUUAAGAUGGGUUGUUAGACUUAAAUUGAUACUAUUACCCACCACCAUCAAAUUACCCAGUUGGAAUGAUAAUUCUAACAUAGUAGUGGAACAGGGAGUAAUGGAGAAGGAGGAGGAGGAAGAGCUUAAAUUUUAUGACAGGAGGUAUCUGAGGAUUAUGUACAGAGUAAAAUGCAUGGAUUGAACGAAGAAUGAGAAAGCCUGAAGAACUAGUUUUCUCCAAGUGUUAGCUGGUUGAAUGGAACAAAUAGUGUAGAGUUUUUGGGUGUAUAGAGGGAAUGGAAAAAGUGGAAAAGAUAAGUGCAUCUGAUAUGAAAUAUAUAGGUUUGAGAGGAAGACCAUGUUGAGGUGCAUGGACAAUGUGAAGAAGGCAUCAGAUGCAAGGAGGGAUGUCUGUGGACCAAGAAAAAGUAAUUUUUUGUUUUGUGGCUGAGUGAAGAGCAGUUGUUAAUGAAGACAGUUUUACACCAAAGGCUUAGAGGUAAAGAUGAAAAGGAAUGCUUGUAAAAAAAGCCCACUAAAAAUGCCCAACCCUAGAGGAGACAGCUCAAAGGCAAGUCAAAGAUUACAUUAAAAAGUGUCUUGAAACCUUCUUAAAAGAGUUUAAGUCUUAAGCAGGAGGGAAUACAGAAGUCAGUAGGAAGUUCCAGAGUUUACCAGUAAAAGGGAUGAAAUACUAAGAAUACUGGCUGGUUCUUGCAUUAGGGAGGUGGACAGAAUAAGGAUGAGUGAAAGUCAAAAGCCUUGUAUAGUGAAGCUGCAGAGGAAGCAUGCAGGUUGCAGUUAACAAGGUCAGAAGAGCAGUUGGCAUGAAAUUGGCUAAACAUCUUGUCUUGUCUUGGCUGCCUUCCUUUAAGGGGGUACAUCAGUUUGGUUUAUAGUUGCAUCUAUCACAUAUAUAGUCAUGUGAUUAUGUCACUUUUAACUUGAUUUCAUAAUUUUAAUGUUUAUAUAUGUGAAUAGAAUUAAACUUGCAGCUAGGCAGUUUAAAUCUGAGAGGGUUGUUGAUAAGUAAAUAUCAGAUAUUUUAUAGAAUAGACUGCAGUAAAAUAUUUUUGUUAUUAUAAAUAGAUAACAUACAGCAAUAUGCACCUCACAGUGGAUGAAUAACUGACAUGAGAGAUGUGUGACAGCUUGUAUUAUGAGCGCCAUGUUGUUUCUUGAAAACUCUACCAGCCUAUUCUUAUGCAUACAUUUUCUGGAACAGUUACUUCAUCUUCACAAAAUUUUAUCUUCCUAUGUAGUUGUGCAUUUCAUGACAUUUAGAUUAUUAUCUUUCACUAUAUUUUGCAUUGUUUUCAAGAUGAAACAUUAGAACUUGUAAUAAUUUGCUUUAUUUAUCAUGUUAAAUCAGGCUGAGAUAAGUUUGCUCUGAGUAAAUUUGUCUAAUUCUAUGUAUAUUCAUCAAAAUGUGUUUCACAUGAAUGGCAGUACACUUAGCUUUUACAGGAUAAUUAAGACUUUCAUGAUUUGUUAGUUAUUCAUAGUAGUAAAGGAGUAGUCCUUUUAAACAUAUAACAUGUUUUUAUUGCUUGUUCUAUUGAACUGGACUCCUUGAAUUUGCUUUUUUUUUUUUUUUAUGAGACUUACUUGUGUGCAAAAGUUUUAGUUUAAAAAACAAUGAAAGAUGUGGACCAGUCAUAUUUCAGAUGUAUGAAACACAAACACAAAGGACAUUAGCAUCAGAAAAUUAAGUCAGAGCAAAGUGUAACCUGGUUUUUGUGAAGUGUGGAAUUGAUACAGUUCUCAGGAAUGCAAGCAUUUAUCAUCUUAUUGCUUGCAAAUUGAGAAAUAAAUUAAUUUAACUCUCAUAUGAAAAAAGUUAAAUAAUAAAUGACCAGAUCUUUGUUCUGUAAUGGAGGAUAUAUUAGCAAUCAGAAAAGCAAUUAUAUUUAAGUACAGAGUGGUAUAACUGUAUAUUAAUAUUUUAUUAAAGUCUCAAGAUUAUCGUGUGUGUCUAUAUUUAGUUAAUAUGAAGUUAAUGAAAGAGAUAAAUCUUUGCAACAUAAUGAUAAAUUACUUAUCCAUCCAGUUCCAAUGAAGAAGACGUUAAGGUGUCUCUAUGUAUAUUAUGUAUCUUAGGGGUGUCAGCCUCACAGAGAUGUAAGAGAAAACUGGCAGUGUAUUUUCUGAUAAGCAACCUUAUUCUUAGGGGAAACUCAAAUAAAAGUUGUGUAGUGCACCAGGGCAAGAUUUUCUAAAACACAAGGUCUGAGACUUGAAAAGAUGCUGUCAUAGAUCCCCAGAUAUGUGUUAUUGUCAGGCAAAGGGUCAGAAUGCCCACCUCUUUGUUGCUUGUGAUGUUCUUCAAGUAUGAUUUGGUAACAUCAUCAGCACUUGUCUUGGAGUACGUGUAUGUUCUGGAAGACCUUGACCAGUAGCCUUUGGGAAUUAUGAUUGAGGAACAUUUAGUUUGCUGCAUUUUUUAAUCUAUUUGAUUCUCAUGUUCAGUGGUAUACAGAAAGCCCUUACUUAAUUCUUUGGGAAUUACUUUUACAUGAUGUAUAUGUAUUAAAGAUUUUCAUUGACAUAAUGAAUACAUAAAUAUUUAAAUAUAUAGACUAAUUUGUAAGUUUUCAUAUUGUAAUGGCUUGUAUUUUGUAUGUACUUCUAGUUGAGACAUGCUCAUGAGCAGGACUGAGUGUCUGGCUGUGGCUGGUGAUCCAUUCAUGCAUUAACUGGCCAUCUUCCAUUACUUACCUGUUCCACUUGACCCUCCAAAAGUAUUGUAAUAAGAAUAUUCCUGCCCUUAACUAUAAAAUGUACCUGAAUAGUGCUCUAUCAGUCAGCAAAUUUAUUUCUCUUAGUUGUAUGCCAACAAUUGGUCAUUGUACUAGUUCAUUUAUUCUGUAGUUUUAUGAUUUCUACUGUGAUGAAAUUGUAUUUUCUACUUAAAUUUAAUGAAUCUCAUUCAUUGGUAUUUAUUUGAUUGAUUUCAUAUACUUCAUUAGUUUAAUUUAAUUUCCUGUAUUUUUAUUUUAUUUCAUGGGCUCUAUUUUUGUUCUGCUCUUGCUUGUGUGUGCCUUGCAUGGGCAGGAAAGCUGUCAAUGAAAAGAUAAAGAAUAUUAUGGAAGUAGCCUUUUAUUAUAGUCUAUAUACAUUCUUGAUUAUUUUUAUCAAUAUUCAUUAUGUAGAGUAAAUUUUCUAAUAAAUAUAUCAUCAAGAUCUUUUUUACCUGAAGUUUGUAUUCAUACAGGUGUCUCCUUCAACAUCAAAGAAAAUUGAUGUAAAAUGUACCAACAUUUUUUUAAUGUUGCUUUUUCUAAUAAUGUUGGCCUUAUGUACUAACAUCAUUGAAUGAAAAGUCAUUUAUCAAGUAUACAUUGUGUCAAAAGUUAACUUAAGUCUCCCUCAUACUGCUUUGUAAUGAUGCAUGUGUAGCUAGUAAAGGAUACAUUUGUUCAUAGUUUACAGAGGAUGUUUCAGGGCUGGUGGCUGGGCGUUGUUAUCAGAGCUUUCUUCCAUCAGUCCAUUUAACAAAGUAAUUUUGCCCAAGUCUUAUUUUUCUUUUCUCUCACACAGUCUUUUCUCAACCUGUUUUCUUCUUAUCUAUGAUUAUUCUCUUGUAUAACAAAUUUGCUGUUGUUUCUCCACAAAACUGUACCAAAAAAGUAUCUUGAGCAUCAUAUGAUAGGCAAUUUUUAUUUAUAGAGGUAAGAAAAGAACCAAAGGUGUUAAGUCUUCCAGAAAAUAAUGAUUGUUUUCUUUUACCUUAAUGAUACUGUAUUUAAUCAUUAGUAGCCUUGGAAUCUGUAUUUUGUGCUAUAUAUAAAAAAUGAUUUGUCUA